UUCACUCCAGAGACCAUGGGAUCCAACAAACUGAGUGAAAAUGUGUCUGACUUUUUAUUUGAGUACAAGACCCCUCGGUUGAUAGCUCUGAGGGACAAGAGGGUCGGACUAAUUUUCCGGCUGAUCCAGCUCGUUGUGCUUGCGUACGUUGUGGGCUGGGUUUUUAUCUACGAGAAGGGCUACCAGAGCACAGGCUCCACCAUCAGCUCCGUCUCCGUGAAGGUGAAAGGCUUCGGCUUCACCAACCUCUCCAGCGUUGGCCCCAAGGUGCUGGACGUGGUUGACUACACUUUCCCAUCACAGGGAUCGAGCUCCUUUGUCAUAAUGACCAAUUACAUCCUAACUCGGAAGCAGUCCAUGAAGUCCUGCGCACAGCAUCGUACGUCCGGAGAGUGUGAAGCAGACAGCGACUGUCCCACUGGGAAGUUUAGCCGCUAUGGACAAGGUAUGAUGAGAGGGAGCUGCCGAAACAACUCUGCAGGAGUGAAGACGUGUGAGAUCUUCGGCUGGUGCCCCGUGGAAAAUGACCUCCAUCUUCCAAAUCCGCCCUUGCUGAUGGCUGCAGAAAACUUCACAAUUUUUAUCAAGAACUCGAUCACUUUCACAGCCUUCGGCGUUUCAAGGAGGAAUUUGGUGGAAUUCAUUACCAAGGCAUAUCUGCGCAACUGCACUUACCACAAGGUCCACCACCCCCUCUGUCCUGUGUUUCGUUUGGGAUACAUUGCUGAAGAGAUAAAGGAGAACUUCUCUACACUGGCAUACAGAGGAGCCAUGAUUGGCAUCGUGAUAGACUGGGACUGUGACCUGGACUGGCCAGUGACUCACUGCAAACCCACCUACAGCUUCCACCAGCAUUACCGGAGCCUGACCAAGGACCAGGUGUCAGUGGGCUUCAACUUCAGGUAUGCUAAAUACUAUGUGGAAAAUGGCACAGAAAUGAGAGAUCUCUACAAGGUCUUUGGAAUUCGGUUUGAUGUGAUGGUGCACGGAAAGGCUGGUAAAUUUAACAUCAUCCCGACCAUGACAACCAUCGGCUCUGGGAUCGGUGUGUUUGGGGUGGCGACUAUUGUGUGUGACUUAGUCCUCCUUCACCUCCUCCCAAAACGCAACUACUACAAGCAAAAGAAGUUCAAGAACGUGGAAUCAUCACUCCGAGCAGGGAGUGGACAUUAGGCAUCGCCUGGACAGGCUGACCCUGCAACUCUGACCCAGUGCCACCACCAGGACAAUAGGCCUUUAUGGCCAAGUUAGGACUCUUGAUUUUUAACAACGUUUGACUUGAAUUAUACAAAAUGGCGCCGGAAACGUGGCAACUCUAGAGUACUGUCUCAGUGAAAUCUACUCUUCCUACACUUGUUAAGUAUGAUUGUGCCUUCGCAUUGUAAGAUUUUUACUGAACUGUAUGCAUGUGACAAUAAAGUACCUUUGAACCAUUGAGUUGUCCAGCAGCAUCUCCCCAAGGUAACGUUGCCUCAAGAAGCAGCCAACGUAAGCAAUGACCACUCACACCCCAGUCAUUCCCUCUUCUCCGCUCUCCCACCAGGCAGAAGACACAAAAGCUUGAAAGCACAUGGCACCAGAUUGAAGAAAAGCUUCUUCCUUGCUGUUAUCAGUUGACUGAACAGACUUUUCAUGUACUUGGGAUGAAUUCCAGAUCUUCCAAUCUAUCUCGUUGCGGCCCUUGUAAUUGUUUCAUAUCGGUACUUAUAACACUGGCAGUAACACUGUAUUCUCCACUCUGUUUCCACUCUCGUUUAUAACGCAUGAUGUACUCAUGUGUGGUGUGAUUUGCCCGGGAUAACACGCACAACAAACUGGUUCUUUGUGUCUUGGUACAUGUGACAAUAAACAUAAACUAACCACACCAAACCAAAUGAUCCAACGCACGCUCACUCGGUUUACUUUUAGGAACCUGAAUAGUCUGGACUGAGGAGUUCAAUAAAACUUACACUUGAUCCUGGCUCUUUGAUU